AUGUCUUCCUACGACAAGUCCCGCGCCUCCUCUGGCGGGAAAGCCUCGUCGUUCUUCCAUCGAUCUAAGCACAAGGCCGAGAAGCGGAGUACAGGCGACGACGGUCGCCACUUGGCCGCCGACAACGACGCCUCGAGUUCCGUAGCCUCGCGCAUUUCACGCCACCAGAGAGAAUCCUCAGUCAUAUCCAUCGACCGCCCCAGCUCGGCCGAGUCCGGCAUCAACAUGAUGGCCGGCGUCAUAACUACAAUACCCUACGAAAGCGUCAGCGCCGAUCUCCGCUCGCCCGUUCCCGUCGAUUACCUCCCCAACGGUGACCAGCUACCCGCCCGAAGAGAGCCGCUGCCGCACCAUCUGAACAAGGCCACGAGCGAUUUCCACCAGUAUCCCAGCUUCGAUCAUGUCUCGAACCCGUAUCUCAGCGGGCCGCGCCCACCGCCCGCCGCGUCUAAUAUCACGAUGGCUACCACGGGCCGCCAAGCCCAAUACCAACAAUGGGGCCCGCCCAGGGACAGUAGCCUGUCCGGUUACUAUAAUUCAAAAUACAACCCCUCGGUGACGUCUGGCGGGCGCAGCUCCGCUGAUAAUUUGAGCAUUUCAUCAGGUAAUGGAGGUCCCUAUCUCGUGCAGAACGUCGUCCACCGCUCAUCAGGACCAACACAAGCCGCAGUUCCUAGCGCUCCCUCUACAACUGCGUCCUCGUACCUAUCAGCCAACUCCCUUGGCCACGGCCAUCGAUUAACCAAGUUUCCCUCGGGAUUUCAGACAACCGAUGGCUUUAAUUUCCCCAAGCCCGAUGAUGACGUUGUUAUAGAGCAGAUGUUCUUGGCCCUGAUGCAGAAACGAGGAUGGCACAACCUCCCGGAACAGGCCAGACGCCAAAUGAUGGCUUAUCCUGCGGACAAGAAGUGGACUCUAAUUCAUCAGGACCGCCUCACUGAGUGGCAGGGCGAGCAGAAACGCAGACAGACAGCCAGGAUUGGCCAGUACAGCAAUGUCGACCUUAGCCAGGUUCCGGACGAGGAGGGCAGCCCGGAGUGGUACGUGCGCAAGGUCAUGGAGAACUCGCUCGACGCCAAAGGCUUUGAAACCUUGCAGGUCAAUUUGCGGACGCAACAGAUUGGAUGGGUCAAGCGCUUCAUUGAAUGUCAGGGCCAGGUCGCCCUUACCAACGUCCUCAUGAAGCUCAACCGCAAGACUGCCAUGGGCUCUACGCCUGACGCUGGGAAGGAGAACAAAAACCUGGACCGCGAGUACGAUAUUGUCAAGUGUCUAAAGGCUCUGAUGAACAACAAGUUUGGCGCCGACGAUGCCCUGGCCCACCAGCAGGUCCUUGUGGCCCUGGUUACGUCUCUUACAUCGGCCCGGAUCUCGACCCGAAAGCUCGUUAGCGACGUCUUGACUUUCCUCUGCCACUGGGACGAUGGCAAGGGUCAUGUCAAGGUCAUCGAGGCCAUGGACGUUGCCAAGAGUCAGCAAGGCGAGAACGGGCGAUUCGACGCUUGGAUGCGUCUUGUCGAAGUCACCAUCGACGGCCGAGGAAAGAUGGGCAGUCUGGUUGGCGCCAGCGACGAGGUGCGCAGCGGCGGCAUCGGCAUGGAGAACUUGCUGAUGGAAUACGCCGUGGCAACUCUCAUCCUGGUCAACAUGCUGAUCGAUGCCCCCGAGAGGGACCUCCAAUUACGGGUGCAUAUCAGGGCGCAGUUCACAGCAUGCGGCAUCAAGCGGAUGCUGAACAAGAUGGAGUCCUUCCAGUAUGAGCCCGUCGACAAGCAGAUAGAGCGGUUCCGGACCAACGAGGCAAUCGACUACGAGGAUAUGCUAGAGAGGGAAAAUAGCAGCAUCAAGGAUAGCGUAGACGGCGAAGUGAAGGAUCUCAACGACCCAGUCCAGAUCGUAGAUGCGAUCCAGCAGCGGCUGAAGGGAAGCAAGACCCAAGACUACUUCAUAUCAGCUCUCCAACAUCUGCUCCUGAUCAGGGACAACGAUGGCGAAGAACGUCUCCGUAUGUUCCAGCUGGUCGAUUCCAUGUUGAGCUACGUCGCCAUGGAUCGGAGAUUGCCCAACAUGGACCUGAAGCAGAGCCUCAACUUCACUGUUCAGAGCCUCCUCGACAAGUUGCACACCGACUCAGAGGCUCGCCAAGCCUUUGAGGAGGCGACCGAGGCGCGCCAGGUUGCCGAAGCCGCCAUGGCUGAGAGGGAUGAGCUAAAAGAAAAAUUGGCGUUAGGCGCCGACGGGCUCGUUGCCAAACUUCAAAAGCAGAUCGAGGAGCAGGCAAGGUUCAUCGAGGCGCAACGGAGACUCACCGAAGGGCUCAAGUCUGAGUUGGAGAGCAUGCAGACGGUUAGGGCAAAAGAGGCACAACGGUACGAGCUGGAGACGCGAGAGCUGUACCUGAUGCUUCGCGAUGCUCAAGACGUGGCCGCGUCUAAUGCUGCCAAGGGUGGUAAGCUGGGCGAGGAAGACCCGGCUCGAAUGCAGGGCAUUUUGGACCGCGAGAGGCUCAUGGAGCGUCUCCAGAUGCAGCUCGAGCGACAAAAGACCGUUUACAAGUUGGAAGGCAGGGUCUGGGGCGAGGCCAUCGGCCCCUCAGACAGGCUGCGUGCAUUACGUGAGGAAAUGGACGGGUUUGGGGAUUCCGGCCUCGUCCCCGACGCUCCGCCCAGGGACUUCACCAACAGCAUGCUCGGGAGUGUCCACAGGUCGACCCGUAUUCCAAGAAAGCCGGUUGGUUCCCGUGAGGAACCGGCCGACGACGCAUUGGAGGAGAUCGAAGAUGCCGCCGAUGACGACGAGGGCGUUAUCUACGAGAAGCCUCGGUUGGUUGAGAUCAAGCGACCCGUCAUGGAUCCCAAGCAAGCGGCUGGCAUGUUCAGUGAACUCCAGGAUAAGGUCAAGAAAUACGACGCUAGCGAUUCGGAGGGAGAAGGUGUUACAACCGGCCCAUCGCAUCCGAGCUUGGAAUCACAAGUCCCCGUCACGCCCAGCGACAAUGAGCCCCCGAAGAUCAAGAUCACCGAUGCAUCUCCAUCUGCGCCUGCUCCAACUUCUGGCGGGCCCCCACCCCCUCCGCCGCCGCCUCCUCCAUUACCUGGGCAGAUUCCGGGGGCACCUCCCCCGCCUCCUCCGCCCCCGCCGCCCCCUAUGCCUGGCACACUGCCGGGCGUACCGCCUCCACCUCCACCGCCUCCACCGCCUCCGAUGCCUGGCAAGCUCCCCGGUGCACCUCCGCCGCCGCCGCCGCCACCUCCCCCACCAGGCGCCAAGGGAAUGCCACCACCACCCCCUCCCCCAAUGCCUGGGCCGGGUGCGCUGUCUGGCCAUUUCUUAUCCAGACAGCCAGAUCUUGCCCCGACGCCAUCCCUCGGUUUGUCGGUUGCUCGGCCGAAGAACAAGCUCAAGGCUCUCCACUGGGAGAAGGUCGACUCCCCAGUCGCAACUCACUGGGCAGCGCACGCGCCAUCGGCAGAAGAAAGGGAGGAGAAGUACCUUGAGCUUAGUCGAAAAGGUAUCCUUGACGAGGUUGAGAAGCUGUUCAUGGCAAAGGAAACCAAGCGGAUUGGCCAAGGGACAGGCAAGAAGGACGACAAGAAGCAGAUCAUCUCGAAUGACCUGCGGAAAGCCUUCCAAAUUGCGCUUGCCAAAUUCUCGCAAUAUCCCGUGGACAAGAUCGUCCAGAUGAUCAUUCACUGCGAUAAGGAAAUACUCGAUAAUCCCGUGGUUAUGGACUUUUUGCAGAAGGAAGAUCUCUGCAAUAUCCCUGACAAUACUGCUAAACUCAUGGCGCCGUACAGCAAAGACUGGACAGGGCCGGAAGCCAACAAGGAGAAUCGGGAACAAGAUCCAUCCGAGCUGACGGCGCAGGAUCAGAUCUAUUUGCAGACGGCGUUCGAGUUACACCACUACUGGAAGAGCAGGAUGCGGGCUCUUGCGUUGACGCGCAGCUUCGAGCCGGACUAUGAGGAGAUUACGGAGAAGAUGCGUCAAGUUGUGACAGUGUCCGAGUCGCUGCGGGAUUCGGUCUCGUUGAUGAACAUCCUCGGCCUCAUUUUGGAUAUCGGUAACUACAUGAACGACGCGAAUAAGCAGGCCCGCGGCUUCAAGCUCUCGUCACUUGCUAGGUUGGGCAUGGUAAAGGAUGAUAAGAACCAGUCCACGCUGGCCGACCUCGUCGAGCGGAUCGUCCGCAACCAAUACCCGGAGUGGAGCAACUUUGCGGACGAUAUCGGAGGUGUCAUAGCGGCGCAAAAGAUCAACGUUGACCAGCUGCAGGCCGACGCCAAGAAGUACAUUGACAACAUCCGCAACGUGCAAAUGUCGCUGGAUUCUGGCAACCUGUCGGACCCCAAGAAGUUCCACCCGCAGGACCGCGUGGCGCAGGUGGUGCAACGGUGUAUGAAGGAGGCGCGCCGCAAGGCAGAGCAGAUGCAGGUGUACCUGGAGGAGAUGGUGCGUACCUACAAUGACAUUAUGGCGUUUUACGGCGAGGACCCUACCGACGAAAACGCGCGGCGUGACUUCUUUGCCAAACUGGCGCUGUUCAUCACCGAAUGGAAGAAGUCGCACGUCAAGAACCUGGAGCUUGAGGAGCAGCGGAGGAAAAACGAGGCGUCGAUGAAGCGCAAGAACGCGCUCAAGGCAGCCCAGGCCACCGAGAGCAUGCCAGCAAGUCCGACCAGCACGGGCGCCAUGGACAGCCUCCUCGAGAAGCUGCGGGCUGCGGCGCCGCAGGCGAGAGAUCAGCGCGAUAGAAGGAGGCGUGCCCGUCUUAAGGACCGACACCAAGUACGCAUUGCAUCGGGCCAGAAGAUUCCUGAUCUCAACUCGGACCCAUCCCAGUCGCAGAACGAGGACGGCUUGCAAGCUACUCAGAGUCCCGGAUUUGAGUUGACGGAUGACGACGGGAAGGCUUCGUCCAAGGCGGACCACCUCAGCUCCACCAAGGACGCUGACGCUGCGGGCGGGGAGGAAAACGACGUCGCGCAGCGGGCGGCGCUGUUACUGCAGGGCAUGCGCAGCGGGGCGAACGGGACGGAUGACCCGGCCGAAGUGGAAAAGCGGGAGAAUUUGAGGCGGUCGAGGAGGCAGACGGCCGACGAAGAGAGGCGUAUGAGGAGGCGAAGAAGGGAGAUGGCCCAGUCGAGCGUCAGCAACGGGGAUGCGAGCGGCAAGGAAGAUGACGCGCCUGCUGGUGUCGCGGACGUACCGCCCACACCGGGCUUGGAUGAGCUCACGGCGGCGGCCGCGGCGGCCGGGGUAGAAGUGGCCUCGCCGACGGGGGUCAAUGGGGAGAGUUGA